AUGUCGUCGUACGGCACCAGGCGCAGCUCGGCACAGAUGAGUCCGCCGUCGUCGACCAUCCCCAUCCCCAUCGGGGCAGGCGCGCCUCUCGCUGCGUCCGCCUACUCCCCUGCAGCCUACUCGUACGGUCCGACCCUCAGCUCGAGCGCCGGAAAGUCGAAACGGCCGUCCUCUAUCUCCAAGACCCGGCGCCUCUCCACCUCGAACCAGCUCCGCGCCGGCGCGUCGGCCCUCUCCCAGUCCGUCCCAGUCGGUCCCUUGAACAAUGCAGGACGCGCCCGGAGCACGAGCCUGUCGACCGUGCCCCUUCCGGACGACGAGUUCGACGAGGCGGGCCCAGACGGUCAACCUCUCCCGCCGGCGUCCGGCGGCAAGCAGCGCAAGGAGAAGGGGCAGACUUACGAGUGCGAAAAGUGCGCCAAGGUCUACCGCCACUCGACUUGCCUCACCAAACACCGCUGGGAACACACGGCGCACUGGAAAGAGGCGAGCAAGUUGAUGUUGAGCAAGCACCAGCAGGUCCAGCUCCUCGAGGGUGCCGCCAUCCUCGCAGCUGCGUCUGCUGGGUCGUCUCUUCCCGACGAGAAGUCUUUCUGGCCCGCCGCCGUCUCUCCCCCUUCGUCCGGCCUGCUCGGCGACGCCGAGUUCGGCAUCAACAUCCACGCGCUCACGAAAUCGUUCGGCUCUCCCCGCUUCGCGCCCUCGUCGCUCCUCUCGGACGCAGGCGACUUUGACACCUCGCGUUCCGAGAUCGAUGACGACGAGAACGACGACGACGACCAGUCUCCUCCGCCGCGUGCGGGCUCGGGCGGACUCGAGGACGUCGACGAGGACGAGCAGAUGAUGGAGGACGGAAUGUUCGAUCUCGACCUCGGAGGGUCGGGCGAGCUUCCCUCUCCGCACGCUCAGCAACAAGCGACCGUCUCCUCCCUCGCCCCUCCUCCUCCGGCCUUCCCUCCCACCUCCUCAGCAGUCUACACCCCCGACUCGUCCUCCUCGCGCGCCUCGUCCCGCCCCGGAAUCCGCUCGAACGACUCCGGGUUCGGCUCUCUCUCGCGCAGCGGAACACUCAAGGCCGCUCCGUCGCCUGCACAGACGGCCGCCGCCGCACUCGCGGCUUCAACGCCCAACUCGCUCGGGAUGAUGCUUGAUCCGGCGGGCUCGGGCGCGGUCGAGAUGAAGAACGCGGCGCCGCAACCGGUCAAGGGCUUCUUCGUUCCCCAGCGGUAG